CUCAUCCGUCCCAUAUUAUCUUAAGUUGAUAAGGGUGACCUCAAAAAUCGAAAAAUCUUUGGCAUUUCCAUCUUCUACUAUGAACAUCACUACAAGAAGAAAUUCGAAGCGUUUUGCAUGAAUCCAAACAUCAAUGAUCAAAUACCACUUCAGACUCUGGUAAGACAUGUUGUUUACUGAUUCAAUGUUGAAAUUCAAUCUCUUUCAUGUUUUCACUCAUAGUACUACACUUCACUCUACUUUAACUGUUCAUUGCAGCAAUCAUUUUUCUAAUUUAUCUGUUUCUGUUUCCAACACAAAUCAAGAUGACUCUUUUAUGUUAUCAAACAUCAUUAACUCAGCUGGGUUGUCCCCUGAAACAACCCUUAAACUCACAAAAAGGUUGAAACUUAAAAAAUCUGAUGAUGGCCCAAAUGCUGUUAUUCAACUUCUCAGAAACCAUGGCUUCUCUGAUUCCCAAUUAUCAACCCUUGUUAAGAAACACCCUUUAGUGCUUUUAUCAAAACCUGAAAAUACCCUUUUGCCUAAAAUCAAGUUUUUUCUAUCCAUUGGGGUUUCAAUCACUGAUCUCCCCAAAUUCCUAAUUGGUAACAUUUCCUUUUUAAAAAGAAGUUUGGAGCAAAACAUUAUACCUCGUUAUCACAUUAUUAGGAGCCUUGUUCGCGAUGAUAAAGAGGUUGUUUCAGUUUUUAAGCGUCUGACAUGGAACUUUUACAAUCUUUCUAUGUUAAAUGAUUCUGUUCCGAACAUUGAGGUGUUGAGGAAGCUUGGUGUGCCUCAACGUUCCAUUUCCCUUUUGGUAUGCAAUUUUCCCUAUGUAGCAUUCACCAACCAGUCUAGAUUUGUUGAGGCUGUUAAUUUUGUCAAGGAAAUGGGGUUCGAUCCUUUGAAGUCGUAUUUUGUUUUGGCACUUCGAGUAAUUGUAAUGAUGGACAAAGAGACUUGGGAGUCAAAAUUGAAGAUUUUUGAGAGGUGGGGAUGGUCGAAAGAUAUCUGUGUUUCGGCUUUCCAAAAGUAUCCUCUGUAUAUGACGAUCUCAGAAAAAAAGAUUAUGAAAAUAAUGAACUUCUUGGUGAAAGAUAUGGGUCUUACCCCAGAAGACAUUGCUAGAAACCCUAAUAUUCUGAACCGCAACGUGGAGAAGACAUUAAUACCAAGAUGUGCAGUUGUUAAGGUUUUGAAGUCAAGGGGUUUGGUAAAGAGUGAUUUGCUCAUAGGUACAUUUCUUCAAAUAAGUGAGAAAACAUUUUUGGAGAGAUAUAUUACCCCUUUUCAGAAAGAUUUGCCAUUGGUAUUGGCUGUAUAUGAAGGUCAGAAGUUAGAUUUUUUCACUCAUACUUACAACACACUUCACUCUACUGUAACUGUUCAUUGCCGCAAUCAUUUUUCUAAUUUCUCUCUUUCUGUUUCCAACACAAAUCAAAAUGACUCCUUUAAGGUUUCAAGCAUCAUUAACUCAUCUGGGUUGUCCUCUGAAAAAGUUCUUAAACUCAAAAAUAGGUUGAAAUUCAGAAAAUCUGAUGAUGCCCCAAAUGCUGUAUUUCAACUUUUCAGAACUUAUGGCUUUUCUGCUUUCCAAUUAUCAAGACUUGUUAAGAAACACCCUUCAGUGCUUUUAUCAGAUCCUGAAAAUACCCUUUUGCCUAAAAUCGAGAGCUUUGUUCUCGACGAUAAAGAUGUAGUUUCAGUUUUUAAGCGUUGGACAUGUAACUUUUACUUUGGUUCCAUGGUUCAAAACAUUGAGGUUUUGAGGAAGCUUGGCUGGUCGAAAGAUGUGUGUCUUUUGGCGUUCCAUAAGCAACCUCGGUAUAUAACAGUCUCAGAAAAAAAGAUUAUGAAAAUAAUGAGUUUCUUGGUGAACGAUAUGGGUGUUCCACCAGAAGACAUUGCUAGCUGCCCUGUGAUUCUGACCCGUAACUUGGAGAAAAUUAUUGUCCCUAGAUGUGCAGUUGUUAAGAUUUUGAAGUCAAAGGGUUUGAUAAAGAGUGGUUUGCGCAUAAGUAGCUUUGUUAUCAUAAGUGAGAAAACAUUUUUGGAGAAAUAUGUUACCCCAUUUGAGAAAGAUUUGCCACUCUUAUUAGAUGGAUAUAAAGGUCACAAGUCAGAUUGAUCAUCUGCAUAGGAGAAGUUAACUAUUCAUUUUUAUGAUUUUCAUUUAUGGCUUACCUGUUUGUUUACUUGUUUUUAGCACUGAUUCUUCAACCUGUGUUUAUUUUGUUUCAUUUAGAUUUGAACUUCCAUAGAUAUCACUCAGUUUUUAUUAGUUAGGUUUAGCAAAGGUGUUUUUUUACCUUUUUCUUUAGUCUUUCUGUUAUGAGGGCAUCUAUGUAUUUAUAAUAACAAAGUUGAUUCCCAUAUUUUA